CUCAUCUACAUCUCUCCUCCUCCUCCUCCUCUCAUCUACCUCUCUCCUCCUCCUCCUCCCAUCUACCUCUCUCCUCCUCCUCCUCUCUCGCCAUCUACCUCCUCCUCACUCGCAAUCUAUCUCCUCCUCAAUUAUUCAGAUCUAGAUCUAUGUUUUGUCAAUUGUUUUUUAUUUAUUUAUUUAAAGUAUGUGUUUUAUAUGAUUUUACUUCCGACAGGACCGAAGAUGGUUCUACGACGGCAUUCAUUCAACUGGGUAAAACUCGAAGUAAGCCCAUAAGGAUGGGCUUAUGGGCUUAUGGGCCCACCCCAGCCUAUAAGCCCAUCACGUAUAAUCCAGUCAAUUCGCGCCCCUAUUCCAUUUCAAUUCGAUUAGCGCUUAACAAGUCAGUUCCUCACCAAGAAGAGCAUCAAUUGCUCUCAAUUCGAAAAUCUCUUCGCCUCACUCAUUCCCCAAUCACAACAACAUGCAACUACGAGCAAUGUCUGCUAAAUUUUUCGUCAAUGCUUCAGUGUUCUCUCCAUGGAGAAUGGGGCAGAAUGCCCUAUUCUCAAGCAAAGGGAAAGGGAGUAAAGGGGUUAACAACAAGAAGUCUGGUUCCAGAGGGAGAAAUCCCCGCAGGACUGAGAAACGUGAAUCUCGAGUUACACCUCGAUCAUUUGCAGAAAAAGUCCUGAGGAAAGAAAAGAAGGCCAAGGGCGCCACUACAAAUGAAAAGAUUUCCGAAGAAGAGAGGAUGCUCCUUCAAUACCGAAGGUUCUUCUGCAAUCACGUUAUAUGCGGGUUUUGGAAGGAGCAUAAUGCUCUCUCAUCUUUUACUAAGAUGAAAUCACAUUGGAUUGCUGUCCAUUCUUACCUAGGGAAGAAACAUUGCCCAUUUUGUGGUAAUGCUAUCAUAGAUGAACUUCCUUGCGCCUCAUUUGGGCUUCAUUGCCCAUUGUACAGCCACAACAGCCUCGAUAUGUUUUAUAAUUACCUGCGUGAUGUCCGUAAGAAGGAGCUGGAGGACCAGGGCCAUGGGGAAGAGCAGGGCCAUUGGGAGGAGAGGGCCUGGGCCAGGGCCACGGGGAGGAGCUGGGCCAGGGCCAGGGCCACGGGGAGGAGCAGGGCCAGGGCCAGGGCUACGGGGAGGAGCAGGGCCAGGGCCACGGGGAGGAGCAGGGCCAGGGCCACGGGGAGGAGCAGGGCCAGGGCCAGGGCUACGGGGAGGAGCAGGGCCAGGGCCAGGGCCACGGGGAGGAGCAGGGCCAGGGCCACGGGGAGGAGCAGGGCCAGGGCCACGGGGAGGAGCAGGGCCAGGGCCACGGGGAGGAGCAGUGCCAGGGCCAGGAAAUUUGUCAAAAAUAAGGGAAGGUUAACAUGUUGAGUUUAGAAGUGUCUUGAUGAGAUACUUGAUGAGAUACUUGAUGAGAUACUUGAUGAGAUAAGGAAUGUUAACAUGCUGAGUUUAAACACAUGUCUUGAUGAAAUACUUGAUUACUAGCGUUUAGUAAAUUGACUACUAUUCCUUAUUACAUAAAAUGGUUUUACUUCA